CACCUGCACGGCUGCACGGCUGCACUAAUUGUCUAAACUCUAAACAUUGAAUCAAUCCAUCUCUAUUCUCUCUCUCUCUUAAUCCUAAUUUCUCAAUUUGUUCUUCAUUUUCUUUUCUUACACUCAAGAACACAGAAAAACAAGGAUCGACCAACCAUGACGUCAAGGAAGAUGCUAAUUGACGGAGAAUCAAACCAAUCUAAUGUUGAAGAUGAUACUCAUUACGAUUUCGAUUUGUUCGUAAUCGGCGCUGGAAGCGGUGGUGUUCGCGCUGCUCGAUUUUCCGCCAAUUUUGGUGCUAAGGUUGGAAUUUGCGAGCUUCCAUUUCAUCCCAUUAGUUCCGAGGUCAUAGGAGGUGUCGGUGGAACAUGUGUAAUACGUGGUUGUGUUCCCAAGAAGAUUUUGGUGUAUGGAGCCUCUUUUGGUGGUGAACUUGAGGAUGCAAGAAACUUUGGUUGGGAGUUAAAUGAGAAGAUCGAUUUCAACUGGAAGAAGCUCUUACAAAAGAAGACAGAUGAGAUCAUCAGACUCAAUAAUAUUUACAAAAGAUUGUUGUCAAAUGCUGGGGUAAAGCUAUAUGAAGGGGAGGGCACGGUAGUUGGUCCUAACGAAGUACAAGUGACACAGAUAGAUGGUACAAAAUUGUCAUACUCAGCAAAGCAUAUAUUGAUCGCAACUGGUAGCCGGGCGCAACGUCCCAAUAUCCCUGGGCAGGAAUUGGGCAUAACUUCUGAUGAGGCUUUAAGUUUGGAGGAAUUCCCUAGACGCGUUGUGAUACUCGGGGGAGGGUACAUUGCUGUUGAAUUUGCUUCCAUAUGGUGUGGGAUGGGUGCCAUGGUGGACCUUUGCUUCAGAAAGGAACUUCCCUUAAGGGGCUUUGAUGAUGAAAUGAGGGCUGUUGUCGCUAGAAAUUUGGAAGGUAGAGGAAUUCAUGUGCGCCCAAGGACAACUCUGACAGAGCUAGUGAAAACUGAUGGAGGUGUAAAAGUUCGAACAGAUCAUGGUGAAGAAAUUGAAGCAGAUGCUGUCCUUUUUGCCACUGGCCGUUCUCCUAACACGAAGAGGCUGAAUCUAGAAGCUGUUGGUGUUGAACUUGACCAAAUAGGAGCCAUUAAGGUUGAUGAGUAUUCAAGAACAAAUGUGCCAAGCAUAUGGGCUAUUGGUGAUGUUACCAAUCGAAUGAACCUUACUCCUGUGGCUUUGAUGGAAGGAACUUGUUUUGCUAAAUCAGUAUUUGGAAGCCAGAAUAGCAAACCUGACUACAGCUAUAUAGCAUGUGCUACCUUCUGCAUACCCCCUUUAUCUGUGGUGGGCCUUAGUGAAGAACAAGCCAUUGAGCAAUCAAAUGGUGAUAUUUUGGUGUACACAUCAUCCUUCAACCCAAUGAAGAAUACAAUAUCUCAGAGACAAGAAAAGACUAUUAUGAAGCUUGUUGUUGAUGCUGAAACAGAUAAAGUGCUCGGAGCAUCCAUGUGUGGCCCGGAUGCACCUGAAAUUAUGCAGGGAAUUGCUGUAGCACUGAAAUGUGGAGCAACGAAGGCAAUGUUUGAUAGUACGGUGGGAAUACAUCCUUCUGCAGCUGAAGAAUUUGUGACAAUGAGGGAAGCUACGAGGCGUGUUCCUGGUGCUGGGAAGCCCAAGACCAACCUUUGAGGAAAUCUGUAAUGUAUAUUGUAUACUGAGACACCUGUAGGUCAAGCUUGGCAAAGCCUUUUGUUGGUUCAACCAAGCAGGCUCUGCUCUCCCAUCUCAGGUUCAACCUGAGGGAUUUCACGACGGUGAAUCGGUGAUUGGACAUUGAGCAUCUUAGACAAUCUGCAUUUUUACAAGAUUGCUACCCAAUAAAGACGGGGCCUGUAUAUACUAUGGAGGUUUCCCUAAAGAAAAAAUUAUAUUAGUUGAAGUUACCACAGAUACUGUUGAAUUCUCAAGUUUUGCAUAAUUUUUUCGGUUUAGUGUGGUGUAAAGAUAUAAAUUAAACAAUUACCGAAUUUUUGUUCCAA